UGCUAAAACUUUUUAUUUUGCCCCUUGAUUGGCAGUUUAAGGUUGUAGGUCAUAAUUGGUAUAUUCCAUGGAGCCGACUUCUGUGGUGGCUCAAGCUAUAUGCAAAAACUUGUCUGAUAACCAACAUGUGACUCAUUCUAGUUGGCUUUGCGAUCUGCCUGAUGCGGUUCUUUACCACAUCUUAUCCUUCCUCCCUAUGAAAGAUGUCGUGACAACGAGCAUAUUGUCAAAGAAAUGGCAAUAUUUUUGGGCUUCAGUUCCUAAUCUUGAAUUUUGUGAAAGCGAUUUCAGUGAGAGGUCCCUCUUCAUGAACUUUGUCGACAGAGCUUUUAUUUUUCGUGAUAGGUCAUCCAUAAGAGCUCUCUCUCUCUCAUGUAAGGUACGUCGUGAUGCACCCCGCAUCAAUGCAUGGAUUACUGCUGCGGCAAGGGGUGACUUGGUGGAGCUCUCUCUAAACCUACAAGAUAAUGAGCCAAUCACGUUGCCUUGCCGCAUAUUUGGAUCUGGAGCGCUGAACAAGUUUGAGUUGAAUUCGUCUUGCAUCCUUAGGUCUCAUUCUUCAGCUUGUCUUUCAAGUCUCAAGGUCGUAAGUCUGACGAGAGUCACAUUUGUGGAUGAUAGCUCAAUCCGGAAUUUGUUCUCUUCACCAUUGUUGGAGGAGUUGUCUAUUAAGCACUGCAAAUGGAUGAAUCUGAAAUCCGUGAGCAUCUCUGCUCCUAAGCUUAUGAAGUUGUCAAUUGAUGAUUAUGAUGGCGAUUUCUUGGAGGAAUGUGUCUCGUAUGACCGCCAAAUAGAAAUAGAUGGGACUAGUCUCACUUCUUUAUUUUAUCGAGGUGAGCUGAUCAAUAGAUAUUGCCUUCGCUCUGCCUAUCAGCUUGUCGAGGUUGAGAUUUCUACUUCUGAUCAUCCUGCUCUAGGAGUAAAAUUUGAUCUAGUUGCCAAGAACUCAUAUGAGCUUCUUGGUAGUCUAUCUAGUGUGAAAAGCCUAACUCUUUCUGAGGUGUUUCUCGAGGAUCUUGGGAGGAGGAUUCAGCUCUUUGAUGCAAUUCCCGUGCUCAGCAUGAUGACCAAGUUGAAAGUGACAGAGGAGUACUUCACUUUAGUAGAUUAUCCCGCAUUUUUUAUGCUUCUCAGAAGAUCCCCCAACAUUCAUACCCUUGAAUUUGCAGAGGCAUUGGACUCGGCAUAUACGGAAUCGAUGGGAGAGGUGCCUCUGUGUUUCAGUACGCAGCUCAAGAAGAUAGAAAUUGGCACUUUUUGUGCAACCUCUAACGAGUUUUCAGUGGUCAAGGCUUUGCUGAAGGCUGCGACUGCUUUGGAAGAAAUGGUUAUGCACGUCAAGGGGGAUAACAUGGAUAGAGAUGCUAUCUCGAAGAAGUUGAUGGUGCUUCCUAGGGGAUUGAAUUGUCGAAUAAUCGUAGUACCAGAUAGAGAAACUCAGGCAUAG